UCAUUAUCGUGUCGGCCAUUUUGUCUAAAAAUCAUGUUGUCCGGUAAGGUCACGGCAGUUCGACCAGUUAUUGCCAAUAUUUCACAACGAAGUUUGGCACUGUGGCCAGCUAAAAAGAAUCAAGAAAAUGUCCACCUCCGUAAAGAAAAUGUCAAGGUCAGUAAACUGCCAAAUGGAAUGACAGUCGCAUCAUUAGAAAACAACUCUCCAAUCUCUAAAGUUGGAAUUGUUGUCAAUGCCGGGAGUCGAUACGAGUCAGCUGAUAACCUUGGUGUUGCACACUACCUCAGAGCAUGUGCUCAUUUGACAUCACAAGGAGCCUCAAGCUUUGCAAUCACCAGAGGUAUUGGAGACAUAGGCGGUAGUUUUGAUGUGACGACUACCAGAGAACAUGCUAUUUAUUCAGUACAGACAUUAAGGGGCAAAUUAGACAAAGCAGUGAAUUACAUGACGCACGCCAUCUCAUCGCCAUCCUUCAGACCGUGGGAAGUGGAGGAAACCCUAUCACGGAUACAGUUUGAGGUAGGACUGGCCAAACAGCAGCCACAGAUAGAUGUGUUGGAACGAUUACAUGCUGCCGCUUACAGGACGUCACUGAAAAACUCGCUUUAUUGCCCCGACAGUAACGUUGGAAAUAUCACACCAGAAACUUUGAGAGAGUUUGUUGCUAAACAUCACAAUGUCAGCAAUAUGACAUUAGUUGGGCUCGGUGAGCAUAAUAGAAAUCCAACUCGGGAUGCUUUCACCCACGUCGCUGUAGCAACAGAAGGAGUCGCUUUGAACAGCAAGGAUUUAUUAGCGGCCGGUGUUCUACAGUAUUAUCUGACUGGUGCCCCAAAUAUUAAACGUGGAUCUCUGACGGCCACGUCUAGACUAAACCAAAGGGUUGCUAAAGCCAUCAAUGUACCAUUUGCAACUAGCUCUGAAAGUCCUCUCCCACAGGAAACUGAGGAUGCCAGACUUAUGAAAAGGAUGCUGAAAGCAUUGAUGUCAGAGUUUUCUGCUGCAGCUAAAGGUGUUGAUGGACAAGGUGUUGACAGGGCCAAGAACCAGCUUAAGGCCAGUCUUCUGAUGGCGUAUGAGAAUCCUGAUGAUAUCUUUGAAGACAUAGCACUGCAAGCCACUACAACAGGAAGUUAUGUAUCGAUUGAGGAAGUCGUCAAUAAAGUAGAUAGCAUUAAUGCUCAGGAUGUCUCUAAUCUUGCUAAGCGCAUAUUCACGAAGAAGGCCACACUGGCAGCUUCCGGUAAUCUUAUCAACACACCAUACGUCGAAAAUCUUCUUUGA